CUCUCGGAGGCUAGAGCUGCUGGCGUCGGGGGCGCGCGAUGGAGCCGCGGGCCUUCGUUGGGCGGCAAGCCGGGGGCCGAGGCAGCGGCGGCGGCCCUUGAAGGCGGGAAGGAUGUGGCUGCCGCGGAGGCCGCCCCAGGAAAUGGCCACCGAGCCCCCGCGCUGCGUGAAGAGUGCCGAGGCCGAGCGGCUUCCCCGGGCCGUUCAGCUGCACGAGCCGCCCAGCUCAGCCGCCUCGGCGGAGGAGGAGGACGGAGGAGGAAAGGUCCCCUUCUUCAACGGCUGCGUGCCGCUCUCCCAUCAGGUGGCCGGCCACAUGUACGGCAAGGAUAAGGGCGGAAUACUGCAACAUCCUGAUGGCACAGUCUUGAAACAAUUGCAGCCACCACCUCGAGGACCCAGAGAAUUAGAAUUCUAUAACAAGGUGUAUGCUGCUGACUGUGAAGAUCCUGUGUUUCUAGAACUGCGAAAAUAUUUGCCAAAAUAUCAUGGGACCUGGUCACCACCUACUGCUCCUAAUGAUUUGUACCUGAAACUGGAAGAUGUGACCCAUAGAUUUAAAAAACCAUGUAUAAUGGACGUAAAAAUAGGCCAGAAAAGCUACGAUCCAUAUGCCUCAGCUGAGAAGAUUAAACAGCAGGUCAGCAAGUACCCACUAAUGGAGGAGAUUGGGUUCUUGGUGCUUGGCAUGAGGGUUUACCACAUUCAUUCUGACAGCUAUGAGACACAAAACCAGCACUAUGGAAGAGGCUUAACAAAAGAGACAGUAAAAGAUGGUGUGGCUCGGUUUUUCCAUAAUGGAUACUACUUGAGAAAAGAUGUCGUCGUUGCCAGUAUUCAGAAGAUUAAAGAAAUCUUGCAGUGGUUUGAGAGCCAGAAGCAUCUUAACUUUUAUGCAAGUUCCUUACUCUUUGUCUAUGAUGGCUCAUCUCAGAUGACAACAGGCUGGUUAAAUGACAGCAAUUUGGUGGAGAAGAGAAGAGUGUCCAAAGGCCAGGGCCCGGGUGGUAAUACAUUGGAGUACUACAACAACAACAUUCGUGUGAUCAGUUCUUCAGAAAACGGCAAGCUCGAAUCCUCUGUAGGCAGAGGUUUCUCUAAAAUGUAUGCACUUCACAAAAGACACCAGAGUCAAAUUUCGCUAAAAGUUGAAACUGUGGAACAAGACAACCUAUGGAAGAGCAGUGCAUGCUUUUCACAAGAACAUCUGAAUGGAAAUGUUAUACCUCAGUUGGAAAAAGUUUUCUGCCACAGGCCUGCUAUGGUGCCAGAAAGUGCGGAGGUGGAAGUCCGAAUGAUAGAUUUUGCGCACGUGUUCCCCAGCAACACAGGAGAUGAGGGCUACAUUCAUGGGCUGAAGAAUUUAAUUACUGUUCUUCAGAAUAUUUUAGAUACCUGAAUUUCUUUGCUAUGAUUUCUACUGGGGGCCAAUCACAAAGAAAAGCAACAACAUUUCUGCACUUGUGAUCCUGUUACAUGUUGGUUUGUAUUGUUCCCUGUUUUACUCGUCUUUGUACUUUUGGUAGAAUGAUCAAAUAUUUUAUAAUCUUACUCAGGAAAAUUAUUCAUAGUUUAGUAAAAUAAGUGAAGAGCUAGUGAGGUUUAACUGGUAGUUGUAAAAAAAAAUUAACAAAUGAAGCUUAGAUUUAAAUUGGAAAGAAUUUAUAUCUGAUAAAAUGAUUGAGUUUGUUCGUACCUUAAAGGUCUUAGCUUAAUCAAAAUCUGUCCGUGCCGCCAGAACACUGAGCCAUAUCUCUAAAUAACGGGUUACUAGAAGAAUCUUUUAGAAUUGUCCUGGGGUAUAUGCUACAUCUUCAAAACUGGAAUGAUUCUAUGUAAGAGAUACUUAAAAAAAAUCUGUAUUCUAACUGAACCAGCAUUUUAAGGAAGAAUACGAUCAUAUUGCUGCAUUCUUAAAUCUGGCUGGGGGCUCUCAUCCUUUCCUGGCUCAUCUCAUAGCUAAACUUGUGGAGUGUACUUCCCAUAUAGGUGCUGUCAAAACAGUGCUUUUCAGAAAUCGUGUAAUAGGACUUGUUGGCCAUAUAAAUAUCCUAAGAAACAUGUUGAGUUGUAUGUUAAAAUGCCUGUUUUUCAGAGGCCCUGUCUUGUUUAUACUAGAAAAGAUCAAGCCUUGUUCAUAUAAUCAACUGGGUGACUAUAGGAAUUGAAGGGAACAUCUGAAGCAACUCAUCAAAUUAGUUCAUUCU